AUGUGGUUCAUCCCCGAUGGCUGUGGCAUUUUCUGUGCCAUUGUCACCUGGUUUCUGGUCUUCUACACGGAGUUCGUGGUCCUCUUCGUCAUGCUGAUUCCAUCCGGGGACUACAUGUACAGCGCCAUUAACGGAAUCGUGUUCAGCCUGCUGGCCUUCUUGGCCCUGGCUUCCCACUGCCGGGCCAUGUUGACCGACCCUGGGGCUGUGCCCAAAGGAAAUGCCACUAAAGAAUUCAUCGAGAGUUUACAGCUGAAGUCCGGUCAGGUGCUGUACAACUGUCCCAAAUGCUGCAGCAUCAAGCCUGACCGAGCCCACCACUGCAGGGUUUGUAAGCGGUGCAUUCGGAAGAUGGACCACCAUUGUCCCUGGAUCAACAACUGUGUCGGCGAGAAGAACCAGAAGUACUUCGUCCUUUUUACAAUGUAUGUAGCUCUCAUUUCCUUGCACACCCUCAUCUUGGUGGGAUUCCACUUCCUGCAUUGCUUUGAAGAAGACUGCAGCUCCUCCUCGCCCACAACGACGACCCUCCUCAUCCUCCUCGGCUUGAAGGGACUGCUCUUCCUCAUUUUCACAUCGGCCAUGUUCGGGACCCAGAUGCUCUCCAUCUGCACAGAUGAGACAAGAAUAGAACAACUGAAAAAGGAAGACAGAAGAUGGGUCAAGAAAACAACAUGGGUGAACCUGAAAGCCGUUUUUGGCCACCCCUUCUCUCUAGGCUGGGCCAGCCCCUUUGUCAUGCCAGACCAAGGGAAGGCAGACCCGUACCAGCAUAUGAUCUGA